ACAAGGCAAAAGAAUAACCAAACAAAGUUUAGUAUUUGAGAGAAAAAUAGAGAGAGAUGGUGUGGGGGACAAGGAAUGAUUUACAUAACAUGUGUCAUAGUCACUACUACGAGUCAUUAAUAAUGCUGUUAGAUGGGUGUGAGUGACGCUCCUCUAUGUUCUUUAUUAUCUGCCCCCCUAACAAACAUUAAUGUUUGUUAGUUUUAAUGGUAAGUUGUGUGUGUCCUAUAGUUAGGAUUAAAUCACUAACCAACCACUUGUCUUAUAAUUAGUUUGUUACGAUGUAAAAAAAAAUGUUGUAGAAAAAUUAUUAGAAUUUUAGAUGCUCUAAAAAGUGAUUUAGUUUAAGAUAGAUUGUGGCUCCUAUUUUGAUUAGAGUCUGGUUUACUUUACGACGACCGUCUGUUCCGUCGUGAUCACACACACUCUGUCAUUUUCCGCUCCACCAAUAACUAACUAUUUCUCUUCUUCUUAUUCCUUUCUUCUUCCUUCUUUAUUCUUCUUCAAAACAUAUAAUGAUUUUGGAGGCAACCAUGAAUAUGAAAGGCUAACUUGAAGGAGAAAAAAAAGAGGGUAUUUCCUUGCCUUAACAUGGCUCCUUCACCUGCAAAACUUUCUGGGUUUCACCGUCAAGAUCAUCACUGGUAUAGUGAUGCUGGAUUGCCUAGUGAUAUUACUCUAUCAAUUGACAGUGUCAAUUUCCAUCUUCACAAGUUUCCUCUUGUUUCAAAAUGUGGGAAAAUUGCGCGUCAAUAUGAUGGUUCCAAGAAUUCGUAUGACAAGAACCUGACAAUGGUGUUGGAAGAAUUUCCUGGGGGUCCUGACAUUUUCUUGAUUGUGGCUAAAUUCUGUUAUGGGUUUCGUGUGGAGCUGACAGCGAAAAAUGUGGUUUCGGUCCACUGUGCCGCGGAGUAUCUUGAAAUGACGGAUGAAUACGAAGAAUCGAACUUGUUGACGAAAUCUGAGAGUUUUUUCCACAAGAAUAUAUUGCGCAACUGGAAAGAUUGUAUUUUGGCCCUCCAGAGUUCUGAGCCUAUUCUAUCGAGAGUUGAAAAUCUUCAUUUAGUGGAUAAGUGUUUAAACGCGCUAUCAAUGAUGGCUUGCACGGACCCGAGUUUAUUCGGAUGGCCGAUGAUGAUGUAUGGGAGUUUUCAGAGCCCUGGCGGAAGCAUUCUUUGGAACGGUAUAAAUACUGGCGCUAGAAUUCGAACCUCGGAAUCUGAGUGGUGGUUUGAAGAUAUCUCGUAUCUCAGCGUCAGUUUGUUUGAGAGGCUUAUUAAGACAAUGCGAGCGAGAGGUAUGAGACCUGAAAGCCUAGCAGGCGCCAUAGUGUAUUAUUCUAGGAAGCACUUGCCGGGUCUAGGUCGGUGGCAGGGUAGACAAGGUGGAAAAACAAGAACAGUUGCGAGUUUUAGCUUGACGCCUGCUAGUGCUGCCGUUGAUCAAAAGGAUCUUUUGGAAAGCAUCGAGAGACUUCUUCCUCAAAAGAAGGGAAAAUCUUUUUGCCGUUUCCUACUCGGACUUCUUCGUGUAGCUUCGAUAUUGAAUGUCAGUGAAACUUGCAAGGAGUCUUUGGAGAGGAGAAUAGGGAUGCAAUUGGAACUGGCAACAUUAGAUAGUCUUCUCAUCCCUGCUUAUGCAGAUUCUGAUGCUUUAUAUAACACAGACUGUAUCGAACAUAUUGUCCAUCAUUUUGUUCGUACGGAAUCAAAUUUAUCCGCCUUUUCUCCUUCAUCACUCGAUCCACAAGCAUCAUCUUCGUCGUCUGAAUCGUUAAGGAAAGUUGCGAAGCUGAUUGAUAGCUAUAUUGCUGAAAUUGCAUCUGAUGUUAAUUUAAAACCAGGAAAGUUACGCUCGCUUGCACAGGCCCUGCCCGAGUCGUCGAGAUCAUUGCAUGAUGGAAUCUACAGGGCACUAGACAUAUAUUUCAAGGCUCAUCCUUGGCUCUCUGAUAAUGAGAAGGAAGAACUAUCUAACAUUAUUGACUAUCAAAAACUCUCAAUCCAUGCCUGUGCUCAUGCAUCUCAAAAUGAAAGGUUACCCCUAAGAGUUGUUCUUCAAGUGUUAUUCUUUGAACAGCAACAUUUGAGAACAUCAUUAGCUGGAUGUGUCAAUGCUUUAGGCGUAGAGAGCGCUCCAGCUCCAGCAGCUCAUGUGACCGCUCGAGGUGAUACCGCCAGCGAAAUUGUACAGAGAGACGGAUGGGUUGCUGUUGUGCGCGAAAAUCAGGUUUUGAAAAAGGAUAUGGACAGAAUGAGUACUAGAGUUGGAGAACUCGUAGAAGAAUUCACUAAAAUAAAACAGGAAAUGAAAUCCGUGACAAAAUCUCACAGUGCACGCGAUUCUCCUCGGUUAUUCGCAAGGAAAAUCGGAUGCAAACUUGUUCCUAGAUUCUCAGAUGCUCAACCGGAGUCCCUUGAUCGUUCGUUAUGCACACCAAGAGCAUCCAUCGAGCGGGCACGCCGUUCUCAUAAGUCCAGACACACCGAAAGUUUUUCUUGAGAAUCAAGAAACCAUAAUUCCUCUUUAUUUACAUUUUUACUUACAUGUAUAUGUAUAUACACAUGAAAGUGUUGUGUGGCUUCAAUUUUUUGUACGUGGGAAAGGGAAGGAAAAUGUUUAUUGUUCCAUUAUGCUUUUUCAUUUAAGCAAUUCACAUAUGUGAACAUUUUCCAUUUCUUUCCCUCGUGUAAAGUUGGUUUUUUAACUUUGUACAUUUUUUUAUAGAUUUUCAGAUAUUGGCAGUGAAAAUUGAUAUUUUAAAACCAAAGUUAUGAAGGUCAUUGCUGUCACAUGAAAGAAAGAAUAUUGGAGAUGCAAAGCUGGUGUAAAGUUUAGAGCUCCCAAAUUAAUGUAAUUGACAAUGAACUUUAUUAGUUUUUUUUUUUUUUUUUUUAUAAAUUUAAUAUAUAGUUUAUAUGAAUGAAAGAUGUUACAUUAUCUGUGUAGUUGUAGUUAACUAUUCUUUUUGUAAAUGACAAAUCAAGUAUAGUUUGCAUGUCAGCAAUUGGCCUUUUGCUUUGGCCCUUCUAGGGUCGGCAAUUUGGUGAUAUCAGGUCAGUUGAUUAUUGUAUUGAUUUGUAUUAAAUUAAACUUGGUUAGUUGAAAACAUUUGUACUGAUA